AAACCUGACUUUCCUCUCUUCCAGCCGAGUGUCUGAGUCGCUCUGCUGCUGCGGUCUGGGACGCUCCUCCAGCUGUUGGAAGAAAGCUGAUUUGGGGGAAGAAAUUCUUUGGCAGAGCCCUUAGCUUACAUUUUUUCUGACCUCUUCCUUAGAUUUUAGCGGAGAGUUAGAGAGUGAAUUAACCGUAAUUUCCUGUAGAGUUAAUUUGGAUUGAGGACUUUUUUCCCCUUACUUCCCGGUUUCUAACUGUUAAGCCAACGCAGCCCAAUCAUGGUGAUGUUCAAGAAGAUCAAAUCUUUCGAGGUGGUCUUUAACGACCCCGAAAAGGUGUACGGCAGUGGGGAGAAAGUGGCCGGCCGGGUGGUCGUGGAGGUGUGCGAAGUCACCCGAGUCAAAGCUGUCAGGAUCCUGGCUUGCGGAGUGGCGAAGGUGUUGUGGAUGCAGGGAUCCCAGCAGUGCAAACAGACCUCCGAGUACCUGCGCUACGAGGACACGCUCCUCCUGGAAGACCAGCCUGCGGGAGAAAACGAGCUGGUGAUCAUGAGACCUGGAAACAAAUACGAGUACAAGUUCGGCUUUGAGCUUCCUGAGGGGCCUUUGGGAACAUCCUUCAAAGGAAAAUAUGGCUGUGUAGACUACUGGGUGAAGGCUUUUCUUGAUCGCCCCAGCCAGCCAACGCAAGAGACGAAGAAAAUGUUCGAAGUGAUGGAUCUCGUGGAUGUCAAUACUCCUGAUUUAAUGGCCCCCGUGUCUGCUAAAAAGGAGAAGAAAGUUUCCUGCAUGUUUAUUCCUGAUGGGCGAGUGUCUGUCUCUGCCCAGAUUGACCGAAAAGGAUUCUGUGAAGGUGAUGAGAUUUCUAUCCAUGCUGACUUUGAGAACACGUGUUCCCGCAUCGUGGUCCCCAAAGCGGCCAUCGUUGCCCGCCACACUUACCUAGCCAACGGCCAGACCAAAGUGCUGACGCAGAAGUUGUCAUCGGUCAGAGGCAAUCAUAUCAUCUCGGGAACCUGUGCGUCGUGGCGUGGCAAGAGACUCCGGGUGCAGAAGAUCAGGCCUUCCAUCCUGGGCUGCAACAUCCUUCGGGUUGAAUACUCCUUACUGAUCUAUGUCAGUGUCCCCGGCUCCAAGAAAGUCAUUCUUGAUCUGCCCCUGGUGAUUGGUAGCCGGUCAGGUCUGAGCAGCCGGACGUCCAGCAUGGCCAGCCGAACCAGCUCUGAAAUGAGCUGGAUAGAUCUCAACAUCCCCGAUACCCCAGAAGCUCCUCCUUGCUAUAUGGAUAUCAUUCCUGAAGACCACCGGUUGGAGAGCCCCACCACUCCUCUGCUCGAUGACACAGACAGUACUCCAGACAGCCCUAUUUUUAUGUAUGCCCCUGAAUUCAAGUUCAUGCCGCCACCUACAUACACGGAGGUGGAUCCCUGCAUUCUCAACAACAACAACAACAACAACGAGGACGUGGAGUGAACUUGUGAAAGAAAAGAAGCAGCUGUACUUACUUGUUUCUUUCUGCCUCUCUUCCUGGACUCCUACAUUUCCAGAGACUCCACAGUCUCUCCAGGGGGGUCUGGGUCUACCCCCACCUCCGCUGCCCAGUGUGGCCAGUGUGGGAGGUGAUUAGCAGGCGACCCCCUGGGCCUUAAAAUGGUGCACGCUUGUCCUCAGCCAGGGAGAUGUUGUGAGACGGGAGUGUUUGCUGGAGGGGUUUGAAAACAUACUACAAAAACUCUGGCCCAUCCUGUUUUCUCGCAUCCUGAAAAUUGAGGCAUUUUUUAGUAGUUUUGAAUGAGGGGUGGGAAUGGCCACCUUACAUGGUCUUCCCCAGGUUUUUGGAAGGGGAUUAUGUAUCUAUCCUUUGUGCCAUGUGGAGCAGAGCCAAUUUAGCAAAUUAGGAAGAAGAAAAGGAAAAAAAAAUCAUGGCCAAAAUUUUGGGACAAGAAGGUUCUUAAAAUCAGUGUUGCCCUUUGUUGUACACUUACAACAACAACAAAAAAAUCUUUCAGAAGUGACUUGGUUUGAACUUUGGAGAGGAGCUUCCCGUGUGAAUUAAAAAGAAGCAGCUCUAAGGUUGUCUUUGCUUAGAAUGUACUUUAAUCUGACUUAAAGCAGUUGUGACUGUGUCCCCUCAAAGGUCUUCAAAGCCAUUUUUAGAGCGUCUUGCACUGUGUUCUCCUGUUGCAACCAUUUUCAUAUGGGAGAAUGUGUUUUUCUUUUCAUGUGACUCCUUGGAAUGGAUUCUGAGGUGAGAAUUCUUAGCACUUUAGUUCUUGUCAAAAAAAAAUUUUUUUUCCUGUCUCAAAUGGAAGUGAAAACUGGUCUACUAUGUCUCUAGGGCUAAUAAGCACAAUGACAAAAAAAAAAAGUGUUCCUCCUCACUUUUGAGACUUUGUCCCAAUGUACAGAAUUCUGUCACUCUUAACACUCUGUGUGAGAAGGGUUGCUGCUACCAGCCUUGCCCACUGUGACUCCACUCCCAGGAAGGAGCUCUAGACCAAGAUGCCCCAGCACUGUGAUCAGAGCUUCCAGACCGUGAGAGGGCAGUCUUCACCCCAGCCCCCGGGGCCCCCUUCCCGCCAGUGUGGGGACACCGGUAUUGAUGGUCCUCUCACUGUGGCCUUGGUCAGUCCCCCUCAACCUUAGCACUUUGUUCACUGUCCUGUGUCAGAGCACUGAGCUCCCUCCUUCUUCUGAGAAAGUAUGUGGGCUGAAAUUGGUUUCAUUUUGUUGUUUUUUAAAUGUCUAUCUUUUUGUAUGAUAAAAACUAUAUUUUGUACUUAACCAGAUAUAUUUUCACCCCAAGUGGGGGGAUAUUCUUUGUAAAAAAUGAAAAUAAAGUUUUUUAAUGGCAAAAA